CCCCAUGCUGAGCUGUUUCACAGCCGGCCCUGUCCCCUCUCCAAGAUGCAGUUUUGGCACAACCAGCCGGAGCAUCUAUGGCCCAGUCCUGGGGAUCUAUACCCCGGGCCCCUCAGCAGCCUGCUCAGGCCAGUCCUAUGAGGUCCGGAUGCUCUGCAGCUCCAAGCCGUGUGAUGCCACCCAGUGCCCCCAGCUGCUGAAGAUGGGUACACUCCUCCCCAGAAAUGGCAAAGGCUGGGUAUGACUGUUUCUCUGGGCAAGAAGCCAAUGUCAUCACAGUGAUGUCAUCGUCACGGAGAACCCUUUCACGUCCGUCAUUUAAUUGGACCCUCACAACAGCUCAGUGGUGGGCAAGAAUUGAAGAAACAGGCACAGAGAAGUUAAGUGUUUCCUCAAGGACACAGAGCCAGCAAGUAGCAGAACUGAGAUUUAGAAACACAUUUACACAGUGUAGGCUGGCCACAGUGUCUCACGCCUGUAAUCCCAGCACUUUGGGAGGCUGAGGCAGGCGCAUCACCUGAGGUCAUGAGUUCAAGACCAGCCAUGGUGAAACCCCGUCUCUACUAAAAAUACAAAAAUUACCUGGGCAUGGUGGUGCACACCUGUAAUCCCAGGUACUCGGGAGGCUGAGGCAUGAGAAUGGCUUGAACCCAGGAAGCAGAGGGUGCAGUGAGCAAAGAUCGCACCACUACACUCCAGUCUGAGCAACAGAGCAGAAUCUGUCUCAAAAAAUAAUAAUAAUAAAAAUAAUAAAAUUGGAAAUAUAUUUACACAGUGUUAUUCACACACAUGACCUUUUCUCAAAAAAUUACCUAUUUAGCCCCCAUUCUAUGCCAGAAAGUGUUCCGUGAGCUAGGGAUUCAUCAGUAAUGAGACAGAUGUGGUUCCCUUCCUCAGGAGGCUUGCGUUCUACUAAGACAAACAAGUAAUUACACAUAUUCUGUGAAAUGACCAACAGUGACAUGUUGCAAAGAAAUGGGUGGCAUGCCUAGGGUGGGAAGGCAUUAACUCCCCCUUUUUACAGAUGAGGAAACUGAGGCUCAGGGUCUUUAGAUUACUUCUCUGGUUCACAGUUGUGAGUGGCAGAUGGGCAUUUGAACACAGAUUGGUGAUUCUAAGUCCUAAUGCCUCCUGGGGUAGGAAGGGAGGUGUGGGAAGGGCAGCCUACACAGGUGUGAAGACUGGGUCCUCAACGCCGGCGUCCUCUGACUGUGCGCCACGCCCUCCUGUGGCUGCAGAGUGUGGUGCAGGUGGUGUUCCAUGACCCGCACCUGCAGUAUACAGAGCAGCAGCAGCUGGCUGGGUGGAGGUGGAGCCGGGCCCAGGGACCGCAUACUGGACAUCGAUGAGUGGGGAAAGGCCGGGGGCCCUUUGAGCCUGAGCUCUGGCUCAGGAGUCCUUGUGGACUGGGAGGGCUGAGCCUGGCUCCCUGCUUGCCACCCUGUGCGUGCAGAUGUGCCACUGUCCGUGGGAGUGAUAGAACCUCAAGUGCUGCUCUCACAACUCAACAUGGUGGAGUUUCACUGGGACUCAACCAAGAGGACAUCUCUCUUCCUGCAGUUCACACCUUGGAAGAAAGGUAGAGAGAAAGGCAUCCCUUUCCGCCUCCAGAUCGACACCUUCAGGCCCAGUGACAAGGGGCUGCCGCUAGACCACGUGCACUCGGCUGGCUGCCUCAUCAAGGUGUUUAAGUGUUCGCCAUGGCCGGAGUCCCCUGCAAGGCCCCGGCCACCUCUCAGCUCUCUGGUUCUGACCUCUCCCCACUCCUGCAGGCUCUUGUCCCCAGAAAGGCGCUGUUCCUCACCGCCAUUCACUCUGGACACCUUGGGGUGUAGCCCAGUUAAGGAUCUGAACCAUAAAGCCCCCAUCUCAGAGACACAGCAAUGGUUGCAUCGGCACCGGUUCUCCAGCUACUGCCGGAUGCUGGCCAACUUCACUGGUCCGGAUCUGCUGAAGCUUACAUGCCAGGACCUUAUCCAAAUCUGCGGGGCUGCUGAUGGGAUCUGCUUUUUCAAUACUCUUAGAGCCAGGCCCAUCUGUCACCAACUGACUUUGUAUGUGGCUCAGGAGACCUCUAGGCAAGGGAACGAGGUUCCUAAGAACCCUGACUCAGUGCAGAAUCCAGAUGGCUACUACUUGGUUCUGACCUAG